UUGUAUUCAGGCAUUAACUUGGCUCCUACCCCAAUGGCUUGGAGGAGUUUUGGGUGAUUAGAGAAAGAGGAGAGCCUUGAUAAAGCAUUAGUGUGUGACGCACACACAGCCCUAAGACCCCUCUGUGCAUCUGCACACAUUCAUUUUUCAUGAAACAGACUCAUAACAAUUAGUCUGGUUACCGCCUGGGUAAUCUUAGUGUCCCCGUAAUGCCUGUGGUCUGCUGUAUGACAUCACUCUCUUAAAAGUUCUAAAUCUGACAUUCUCAUCCGUUUUCAUAGUGAGGACAUUAGCAAGCCUCGGCUAAUAGGCCCCGCACUCGUUCCUGGCGAAAGAAGGGCAAUAAAGCGAGGGAGCGGGAACGAGAAGGGGGGGGGGGAACUGACUGACUGGAGCGCUCAGAGAAAUAGGUUUUAUCCACCAGAGCUUUUACACAAAUUAAUUUACAUGAGCGAGAGAAUAAAAUGUAAAGUUGUAAUCCAGCAUGCUUUGCCAAUGCAUAGCCUAUUUCUCGCUACAAGCAUCAUAGAAAGCCAAGUGAACAUUUAUGCAUUAUUUCAGCAAAUACAUUAUACUAACAACCACAGCUAAGUGGUUAGGAAUCUCAGCGCUACACUACACGAGGGGCUACAUCCAGACUUCUAGCUGUGCAGUUUCCAACCGGUGUGCAAUGAGCACAGAAAAAGCAAAGUGCAAUCCCCAAGAGACGCUCACCUUCCCAGCAUCCCCCCACAGCCUUUGGUCCCCUUGUCCUAAACAGUCUCACACCUCCCUAGACACCAAAGCCAAGGUCAAGAAGAAAGUGCAGCCUUCCUCUGUCUAUAGGGUAUUCCCUGGAUGCCCACACCUCAGUAGGGCUGAACCGCAUAUGCUUCAGAAAUGUUCCCUCCUCCAUGAUUGUGACUAUCUGUCUCAAGGGUUGGGAAGUGAGAAUGACCAGAAAAAGACAGCUAGAAGUCACGGCCCCCACUUUGAUAUGAACCCACAGACCCCGGUACUGCGUAUCAGUCAGCUGGAUGCCCUCGAGCUAGACUCAGCCCUUGAGCAGCUAGUGUGGACUCAGUUCUCGCUGUGCUUCCAAAACUGCCGCCCAGGCUUCCUCACUCCUCUGGAGCCUGAACUGAGGGUUUUGCUUCAUUUGCUCCUAUGGAGGUUCACACUCUAUUCCAACAGUGCCACAGUGGGGCAAUCUUUACUGAGCCUGCGCUACCACAGCAAAUUUUCCUUGUCUCCCCGUUACAGGCCUUUAUCCCCCAGGCAGAAGUUAGGUCUGGCCGUGCUCACUGCAGGGCCCCGCUGGCUCCAAGAGCGUUCCCACAGGCUGCUCCCGUACUUGGGUUUGAGUUCACAAGGAUCUGUGUCUGAAAGAGAGAGCGGUUUGCUCCAUCAGGGUCUCCGUAAUGGGCUGACGCUUGUUGCUGGUAUUGUUAAGUUCACAAAUCUGAUCAACUUCCUUGUGUUCCUAAGGAAUGGCCGGCAUCCCAUCCUCGCCGAAAGAAUCACAGGAGCUCAGACGGUUUUCAGUAAGCCCAAUGCGGCCCGGGAGGUAAACUACAAGUACAUGAACCGAGAACUACUUUGGCAUGGCUUUGCAGAAUUCCUCAUCUUCCUGUUCCCACUGAUCAAUACAAAGAAACUGAAGGCAACAAUACUGUUUGCUGUGUUUGGGGAGAAAAGUGCAAGCGGGGAGGGAGCGAGGGAAGGGCAAGAGUUGUGGAAAGAGUGUGGACUGUGUGGAGAGUGGCCAACCAUGCCUCAUACGGUGGGAUGCCAGCAUGUUUUCUGCUACUACUGCAUUAAAAGCCACAGCAUUGCCGACCCUUAUCUCACUUGUCCCAAGUGCGGGGCAGAAGCAGGGCAGCCCAAGCUGGUCAAGCUGGAGGUGGAGAUGACUGACAGGUGAUAAUCAUCUCACACACAGAAGAAAUGAAAUGAAGGUGCUAUGAAAUUUAAGAUGGCUUUUGUUUUGUUUUUAAAGAUUUUGUCAUGUACAAGUUUAUGAUUAGACUUAUCUCCAUGAUGUCUUUUCUGAACACGCAUCAGCCUGCGAUGUUUAAUGUAUAUGUGCACAUAUUGACAGUCUGCUGCCCCUUCUGUUUUUCCAACUGGACUUUGGAAGGAACUAUUUGUCUUUGGUGCACUGGACAGACUGCAGAGAACGACACAGAGCAUAUAUUUGAUGAGUGAACGUGUUGAUUUAUGCUCCAAAUUGGCUCUGUGCUGACGUGUGUGUGUGUGUGUGUGUGUGUGUUUGUUGAAAUGGGAAUAUUUGUUCUGAUGAAAAAUGCAAAAAGUCAGCUGAAUAAAUAAUGGGAGGAAUUUCUGAUGCCUCUCAUCAUGGCCAAAUUA